UUAUACAGUGUACAAUGAGAUUGGAGAGCUUCUCCUUUUCAGUGCAAAAAACAGGUCUAUACAAAAUUGUAAAAAGAAGGUAUUAUUUACAAGCUAAAGUUAAAAUACUAAUACUAAAAACAUAUUGAAAAGAUACAAAAAUUGUAAAAUAUAUAUUGUUAUUUAUAGCAGCAGUGGGAAAAAGUUAAACAUGUAUUGCACAAGGUUUUUUAGAAAACAGAAUAGACAAUAGCAGCAUCAAUGCAGUUAGAAGUCUGUUAUUGCACAUACAAUCCUAUAUUACGUUGAUUGUAGCAUGUGAGAGUUCAGGGCUCUGAUGGUUUCUCGGAAAGAAACUGUUUUUCUGCCUGGUUAACCAUUAAAAAAAGAUUAUGGAGAAUUUAAGAGACAAACGGCAGAUGGAAUAAAACAUGCACGUGACCAGGAGAAGACAAAAUGUUGGUUGUUUUCCCAAGAGUUUCUCCAAUGCACCUUUACUUUAACACGUGCAUGUGUUAAAAUUCCUAAAAAAAUUGACCGAAAUUGUCAGGGGCCCUCGUUGGAUCCCCCUCAGGGUGUAUCGGUGUGCGGCGUUGAAAGCCGCAGAGGUGUCCCUCCUCGACUCGGCCAGCGGGUGUCGCUGCGAUCUAUGGAAGCGGCGCAGUGGGGAAGAGACGGGGCCUGGCCUGGGAAUCUGCUGCUCGCUUCCCAUUCUUCCUAUGCAGACAGACACACAACAUGGCGGACUAGAAUAGUCGGCCGACGCGCCCGGAUACAGCGGAUAAACUGUGAGAUUCAACACUCAGGAAGGCACAGAAAGUACCCUCCGAGGACACGACGCGCAAGGGCGCAUUGCUGCGAUUUUUUCCGCGGAGGGGGGCGGGGGGGUUGGCUUCCUCCUUUACCUGGAUUUAGCAGAUAAACUGACUGCGAAGUGUUGGCAGCGCGUCCCAGAUCGUGCUUCCCUCCUCUUGCUAUCACCCAGGUCUCCGCUCGCCCACCCCACACCGCGCUCGCGCUCUCGGCUCCCGGGGUGUGGAGAACAGGGGCCGGGGUUGGAAAACGUGGAAACGGGGGGAAAGAGGGAAGAAAUUCCUACUCGGCCUCUGGGGGUUUUUGUUCCCCUACCUCACCACCCUCCACUCUCUCCCUCCUCGGGUUUCCUCUGGGCGCUACGGGGCUACAGGAGUUGUGGACCACGCUGUGCGAAUGAGUGAUUGAUGCCAACUUCGCUUCUUCAGGGCAGAAUGGGUGUGUGUCCCCUGAUCCUGCUGCUCUGUGUCGCCCUCGGGGCCUCAGCCCAGGAUUAUGUCCCCAUCACAGGUCCUACAAAUAUCACAGCCAAACCCACAGGCCGAUCUUCUUUCAACUUAACAGUUACACAUGCGCCAGCUCCCACGGGCCCACCCACAACGCCCUCCCCGGCCGUCAUCCCGACGACGACGAUAACAACAACAACAACAACAACAACAACAACACCGGCUGCGACCACAAGCCCAGCUGGUGAAGGGGACUUGCAGCCGGCUGGUCGCAAUGCCACGCUGAGGGUGUUACCGGUCCCUUCCCCCGUGCCUCCGGCUUCGACCGAUGCCCCUCAGACGCGGCCGAGCACGGAGCCUUCCGCUCCUGUCAACCCGACGGAGGACCAUAACCCAACCACGGCCUCAGCUUCUACAGAGGCUAAACCCACCCAUAUCCCUAAAGAUACCACAAACCCGGAUGAGUUAACCUCGCACAGCACUCCAAGUGGCGACACCCAGUCGGAUGACAUGCCAAUCAUAGCCGUGAUGGUGGCGCUGUCCUCCCUGCUGGUCAUCAUCUUCAUCAUCAUCAUCCUCUACAUGCUCAGGUUUAAGAAGUACAAGCAAGCAGGAAGCCACUCCAACUCCUUCAGACUGACCAACGGUCGAUCAGAUGAUACAGAAUUUCAGAGCGUGCCGCUAUUGGCUCGCUCCCCCAGCACAAACAGGAAAUACCCUCCCCUUCCCGUCGACAAACUGGAGGAAGAAAUGAACCGGCGCAUGGCUGAUGACAACAAGCUCUUCAGAGAGGAGUUUAAUGCACUGCCAGUGUGUCCCAUCCAGGCAUCAUGCGACGCCGCAUCCAAGGAAGAGAAUAAAGAAAAGAACCGAUAUGUGAACAUCCUGCCAUAUGAUCACUCCAGGGUGCAUCUCUUGUCUCUGGAGGGAGUCCCCGACUCGGAUUACAUUAAUGCCUCCUUUAUAAACGGUUACCAAGAGAAGAAUAAGUUUAUUGCAGCUCAAGGGCCAAAGGAGGAAACAGUAAAUGACUUCUGGAGGAUGAUAUGGGAGCAGAACACAGUCACCAUUGUCAUGGUGACCAAUCUGAAGGAAAGAAAAGAGUGCAAGUGUGCCCAGUACUGGCCGGACCAGGGCUGUUGGACAUACGGGAACAUUCGAGUAUCUGUAGAAGACACAAUGGUUCUGGUGGACUACACCAUCCGCAAGUUCUGCAUCCAACAGGUGGGAGACGUCUCUGGGAAGAAGCCUCAAAGACUUAUCACCCAGUUCCACUUUACCAGCUGGCCAGACUUCGGGGUGCCCUUCACUCCUAUUGGCAUGCUGAAGUUCCUGAAGAAAGUCAAGGCCUGCAACCCACAGUUUGCUGGGGCCAUUGUUGUUCACUGCAGCGCGGGCGUGGGGAGGACAGGUACCUUCAUCGUGAUCGAUGCCAUGUUAGACAUGAUGAUCUCGGAGAGGAAGGUGGACGUGUUUGGCUUUGUUACCAGGAUAAGAGCUCAGCGCAGUCAGAUGGUGCAGACAGAUAUGCAGUACGUCUUCAUCUUCCAGGCGUUGUUAGAGCACUACCUGUACGGUGACACAGAACUAGAGGUGACCUCUCUGGAGUCCCACUUGGCUAAACUCUAUGCCCCCUCACCUGGAGCUGGCUGCAGUGGCCUGGAGGCAGAAUUCAAGAAACUGACAUCCAUCAAGAUUCAGAAUGACAAGAUGAGAACAGGCAACCUGCCCGUCAACAUGAAGAAGAACAGGGUUCUCCAGAUCAUUCCAUAUGAGUUCAACAGAGUGAUCAUUCCAGUGAAACGCGGAGAGGAGAACACGGACUACGUCAAUGCCUCUUUCAUUGAUGGCUACCGUCAGAAGGACGCAUACAUGGCGAGCCAAGGUCCCCUGCAGCACACCAUAGAGGACUUCUGGAGGAUGAUCUGGGAGUGGAGGAGCUGCUCCAUAGUCAUGCUCACUGAGCUGGAGGAAAGAGGGCAGGAAAAGUGUGCUCAGUAUUGGCCCAGUGAUGGAGCAGUGGUCUACGGGGACAUCUCCAUAGAGAUUAAAAGGGAGGAGGAGAGCGAGAGCUACACAGUGCGUGACCUUCUAGUCACAAACAACAGGGAGAACAAGGCCCGAGCGGUGCGUCAGUUCCAUUUCCACGGCUGGCCAGAGGUGGGCAUCCCCGCGGACGGUAAAGGCAUGAUCAACAUAAUCGCUGCAGUGCAGAAACAGCAGCAGCAGUCUGGCAACCACCCCAUCACGGUGCACUGCAGUGCUGGUGCCGGCCGAACGGGGACUUUCUGUGCGUUGAGUACAGUUCUAGAGAGGGUGAAGGCGGAAGGCAUCCUGGAUGUCUUCCAGACGGUGAAGAGCCUCAGACUGCAGAGACCCCACAUGGUGCAGACACUGGAGCAGUACGAGUUCUGCUACAAAGUGGUCCAGGAAUACAUCGACGCUUUUUCUGACUACGCCAACUUCAAGUAGGGACCUGCCCUGGAUGAGUGGAAGGACGGAUUUCCACGUACGCGUCACACAAACGUACAGAACACACACACACACGAGCAGACACACACAUUGCCGUGCAGAGAGCUGCAUACUCCCAUUUGAUGGAUCUUUUAAAAAGACUCAUCGCGACUUGACCUGUGGAUGAGAUGAACUGCCCCGGAGGAAAAGGGAAAAGAGGUCUCCGCCCGAGUAACGGGGCAGCGCAGUCGGACACAGAAAAUAACUGAGAUGCCUUCUUGAAUAUUUUGUAAUGUUGAUAAUACAACCCUUCACCCCUACUUUGCUUUCCAUCUUCACUCCCCACUUGUAUAUAUACUUACUACUGUGUUGCAUCUUAUUACUUUGGUUUUAGACACAGUUUUAAGUUUGGCUGCAUUUUUGGGUGGCACCUGUAAUGUAUUUUAUUGGUAUAUAUAUAUAUAUAAAUAUAUAAAUAUAUAUGAAUAUAAAUCUAACGCUUUGGUGGCUAAUGUGCAACAUCCAGAGUCAAUGUGAGGAUGUUUGGAUUUCCUUUUUAGGGACAGAGACUUAAAACACUUUGGACUUUGCCUGAGCCGCGCUGUAGCGACGUUCGUACGUGUGGCAGCGGAACUUCCGCAUUUACCGUCAAACCCCCGGACUCGCUGAGAAACGCUCAGCCAUUUCUCUUUACGCAAACUUAGUUGCUUCAAUUUGGCAAAAAAAAAAAAAAAUUGCACUGGCUCAGAGGUCAGAAGCUCUGUGGCGUAGCUCAUAGUCUCAGGUUUUCACACGCAAGCAGACACACCAAUCACCAGGAGCCAUUCAUUAUUUUCGAGCAUCUGUGUGUGUGUGUGUGUGUUUAUUUGAGCUGGAGCAUAAGCUGACAGAAAAGGCUCUGGUGUGUUUAAAACAUCACUGCCUCCUGUCCGCCUCCUGUCCCUUCAUCUGGUCUAGACAUUCAGAGUUUUACUGUUUGAUAAUCAGAAAAGAUAAUAAGAAAAAAAUUGAUUAAAAGAUUGUUGUUGUUUUUUUGUUUUUUUUUUUGACCCAGCGGAUUUAAUUCUAUCAUAUUAUUCUAUUCCGUUUUAAAGGCGUGUUGCGGUGACGAGCCGAGUAACAAUCCCAGCUAACUCCGCCGCCGCGGCGACGCUAGCAGCAGGUCCCGUGCGCCCGCCGUACUUCUCAUCUUGUUUACAAACACGCGUCAGUAUUUCUCCUACGUUGUAUUUUCCGUUUCAUUCGAGGCUUCUGAGAUUAAAUUUUUUCGAUGCCACGCCGCACCGUCACUCCUCAAAGAACGACCCCCCCCCCCCCCCUUUAUUCCCCCGUCACAGAUACUGAUGUCGAAGAAUGUUUCUUUUUGUUCGAAUGCUGUUGCUGACAUGUUCUCACAGGUGGAUGGAUUGUUACUUUAAUAGAGGAGGUGUGCCAUGUGAUAUUUGCUCUGAUUUCUUUUCUUUUUUUUUUUUUUAUAUACAUAUAUAUAUUUUUUAUUUUGGUCCGGUGAGGACGCUCAGACUUGAACUCCAGUGUUUUCGUUUUACCCGAGGUCCCUAUCGAGACCGUGCCCUCUGUGAUUGUAAUAAAAGAUGAAUGAUGUCAGUUAACCGCGGGGCUUCAGGUCAGGCCUAAUUUCAACUCGGUCAGCUCAGGAAAUGACCGAUGACGGGGUUGUUUAAAUUGACUAAUUGAACAAAUUCACCUCCACAGCUGACCUCCGUGUCUCUAGUGGGGUAUCCAUUACCUCUCAGCUGGAUUUUAAUUGACGUUAAUGACUUACUGCAUGUAAAAAACGAUUCCCUUUAAGCUAUUUCAAUCUUAAUGUUAACUGCAAACAGCUCUGCAAGUGCGCAUAAUCUAACACUCCUUUAUGUAACUGAGAGUAAGGAGCACAAUCUUUUUUUCUUUUUUUUUUUUUUUAAUUUAUUGAUAUUGGCCGUUGUUUAAAGGUACAUGCUGAAUUCUGAGGAGGGGCGAUUGCAUCCGCGUUGUACGUCUGAAGACUCGAGCACUAUCUGCACCGAAAGCAAAGCCGCUUAAAAGUACGCAACCAAAUGAAAGAGUGCUAUAUUUGAACUCUUGAGAAGCUCCUUCAGGUCUCAGAGCCCCGGGUUAAGCCUUCGGCGCGGCCCCUGUUCAGGGCUUAAAGUAGCAGAUGGGUUCAUUGACCAGUCACUGAAAUCGUCGGCCAUUUGUGCAUCUUCAUUUCAGGUCUUUCUUUUUUCAUUCCAAAGCGUCACAAGUGCCCGUGCUGUUAGUUGGGUGCCAUUACGUUCCCCCUUCGUGUACGUCGUCGCGUGUCGGGUCUUCGUUGGACAGAGGAGGGUGGGGUGCUCGGCUGUUCUGUGCGGGCUGAAAUUACGUGGGUUUGCUGCGCGUGUUUGAAUCGCGUGAUCUCGACGGCAAAAAAAUAUGACACCGUGCCAAACCCCCCGAGACCCGUUGUGUUACGCUACUGUAGUGAAAUUUAAAAAAUAAAAGUGCCUCAGUGGUAGGUUUUAAAAUGUUAAUUCUUCAAACCUGAGUAUAUGGGAUUCAGUGUCAUCCUUUCUAUUUGAUAAACUCCAAAAAUUGUGUCUGUCAUUGCCUGCAGGUCAAUAACAAAACAUUUUACAUGGCAAAUAAAGGGGGGGGGGUCAGUAAUCUUUGAUUUCACAUUCCCUUUAGGUGCAUAUUCCUCGACUCUGCAGGCCAAACUAACAUUGGAGCUGCUUUCAAAUUAAUUCCACGUCAAUUAAAUGACUUAAUUUCAUUCCAUAUCAGAUGAAUGUGGCAUCCACGACAAGUAAUCAGUCGUGGAUACCUAAAUGUUGAGCAGAAUAAAUAUAUUACCGUUUUCUUUCUUCUUUUUUUUUUAUGACAAGGGAAAUUUGUCGCCCCCAUUCUACUGUCCGUUAAUUCGUUUUGACUUCCAGAGUCCAGCUUCCCUCUCCUCGCCACCUUUUAUAUGUCCUUCGUGUCUCUUAUCCAGCUCCACUCACGGCUGUCCACUUAGUCCUUUCUCUCCAUUUGUCCUCGGCACCAUCUUUCCCAGUGGUCCGCACCCAUUCCCCUAUUGUACAUAAUGUAAUGUUAUUUAUAUUUCAUUCCUGUCUGCUGCCUUGCUUAUUUUAUUUUCUUCUCCCUCCCCACCCCUUUAUUAUUAUUUUUUUAAAGAUGUAUAUUGAACUGUAUCGGGACCAUUUUGAAAUGUAUUAGAGAUUUUUUUUUUUUUUUUUGCCCAUUUUUAAUUUGGUAUAACUGUCUUAAGCAAAUCCUAUUUUUUAAUUUGCCUAAGUUUGUUUCUAGUGUUUUGUUAUUCAACAUUUGAAUAUAUGUAUAUAUAAUUAUAUAUAUGAUAAAAUUAUAUAUAAUUAUAUAAUGCCAAAUGGCCUUUCUAAGCAAGAUACUGUUCAAACCUAAUAAAGUGCUUCAGAUUUUAA